CAGAAACUGCAGUAAGUGUAUUAAUAUUGUGAGAUGAGUGUCAGUCGGGCUCUUCUGGAAAUGAUUCUCAUCUCUGGGCUGAUGCUGCUGCUGCAAACUGCUGAAUGUCUGGAUCGGUUCUGCAGGUUAAAUCAGUCUUAUCCCUGUUACGCAGCUCUGGGACACAAACUCAAUGUGCUGAUGGUGCUGGACACUAGUGAAUAUGACAUGAAGAUACAAAAGAGAAUAAACAACAACAAAGAAACUGAUCCAGUUUGUAGAGUAAAAUAUGGCAGGAUGAAAAAGAAAGAAUGUGAUCUUUACAGUAACAGACCUGAAGUUUCAGUCAUUAAUGGGACUCUGAAAAUAAACCGUGUGAUCAGAGCAGAUUCAGGGAAUUACACAGUAACAGUCGCUCAUCACUCAUAUGGCUCCCAAACAUCUAGAGAUCUUCAAGUAAAUGUUGAAGCUCCUAUUGGCUCAGUGGAAGUGUCAGUCAACUGCUCCUCCAGUGGGGUGAUGAGGGCGUCCUGCUCCUCUGAGGGCGAUCAGCUCCUCUACAGCUGGACUCUGAAUGGAGAUUCACUGAUGGAUGGAAACUCCUGCAUUGAUCUGAAUGAGGGAACUGAUGGAAACAUCACCUGCAGUGUGAAGAACCACGUCAGUCAGGGACAGAAGACCAUUAAUGUCAAACCCUGUACUGGUCUGGAUCGGUUCUGCAGGUUAAAUCAGUCUUAUCCCUGUUACGCAGCUCUGGGACACAAACUCAAUGUGCUGAUGGUGCUGGACGCUAGUGAAUAUGAAUGGAAGAUACAAAAGAGAAUAAACAACGACAACAGUAAUGAUCCAGUUUGUAGAGUAAAAUAUGGCAGGAUAAAAAAGAAAGAUUGUGAUCUUUACAGUAACAGACCUGAAGUUACAGUCAUUAAUGGGACUCUGAUAAUAAACCGUGUGAUCAGAGCAGAUUCAGGGAAUUACACAGUAACAGUUGCUCAUCAAUCAUAUGGCGCCCAAACAUCUAGAGAUCUUCAAGUGAAUGUUGAAGCUCCUAUUGGCUCAGUGGAAGUGUCAAUCAUCUGCUCCUCCAGUGGGGUGAUGAGGGCGUCCUGCUCCUCUGAGGGCGAUCAGCUCCUCUACAGCUGGACUCUGAAUGGAGAUUCACUGAUGGAUGGAAACUCCAGCAUUGAUCUGAAUGAGGGAACUGAUGGAAACAUCACCUGCAGUGUAAAGAACCACGUCAGUCAGGGACAGAAGACCAUUAAUGUCAAACCCUGUCCUGGACCAGCUACUGCAGCUGUGACCUCUAGUUCGACCUCUGCAGUGAUCAUGUCUGUGGUGUUUGUGCUGGUCUGGUGUUUUCAGAUGAUGGUUUUGUUUGGUCUGUUAGGAGGUUUUCACAUCUACAUGAGACACACGUCAGGAAAGAAACAGGAAGAUCAGAAUCUGAGAAUGAGAAGAUUUAGAGAGCAACAUAAACAUACAGCAGAAGAUUCAUGAGAUCAGCAGCAGAUCAUCACAUCUAUGUGAAAUGAUUCAUAAUAUCACAGAUUCACACAUGAAUCCACCUACAUCUGUCAACAACAGAAGAUCCUACAGAAUAAAGCCAGGAGACAUUUUCUACAAUUAUAAUUAUGAAGCUCUUCUUUAAGUAGACUGUUUUCUAGACAUAUGUUUAUUUGUAACAGUUCCCUUUCGAUACUACACUCGUACUGCGUC